GCUGCUGAGGCUGCAGAGAAAGGCCCCUGCCUCUUGGGCUAUGUGUUUCUGUGAGAUUCUGCCCGGGGUCAUUUUUCCAGAGCUCAUUCAGCUCAAACUUUGCUAUGACUCGGUUUAUUGGUAAAGAGUUUUUUUUCUUCCACUUUUUAACCCGCUGCGACAGGAGAUGCUACAUGGAUUAUAUUUUUCUUUUUCAUCUGUGUGGAAUAAAAUUGGUUUCUCACCGCGAGGAACUUAAAAAGAAGUCCACGGUCUGGGGGUCUCCUCUGUUGGUAAUCUACGAGAAAGCAGACUACCUUAAGAACAGGAAACCAGCAAACUUUCCUCCAGGACCAAGGGCCCUUCCCUUCAUAGGGAACAUCUUGAGUUUGGUCAGCAAACAGCCACAUAAUUACUGCUCUAAGUUGGCUGAGAUCUAUGGGAAUGUCUUCACCAUUCGCUUAGGCAAGGACACGCUCGUGAUUUUGAGCGGAUAUAAGAUGGUGAAGGAAGCCAUCGUGACACAAGCUGAGAACUUUGUGGAUCGACCGUACAAUGCAAUAGCUGACAGGUUUUACACUGAACCUGGAGCCGGCCUGUUCAUGAGCAACGGUGACAAAUGGAAGAAACAACGACGCUUUGCUUUGUCUACUUUGCGUAACUUUGGCCUGGGCAAAAGCAUGUUGGAGCAGAGUAUCUGAGAGGAGAUCCGACACCUGCAGGAGGAAAUAGAGAGGGAGAAAGGUAAACCUUUCAGCCCUGCAGGUCUCUUCAACAGUGCUGUGUCCAACAUUGUUUGUCAGCUGGUCAUGGGGAAAAGAUUUGAUUACAGCGACUACAACUUUCAGAUCAUGCUGAAAUAUUUGUCUGAGGCAAUUUUGCUGGAGGGGAACAUGUGGGGUCAACUUUAUCAGGCCUUCCCCAAACUGAUGUACCACCUGCCAGGUCCUCACAACAAAAUCUUCAGUAACUACACUGUUAUUCACAAAUUCCUGGCUGAGGAGAUAGAGAAGCACAAGAAGGACCUGGACCCCAGCAAUCCUCAUGACUACAUUGACACUUUCCUCAUUGAAAUAGAAAAAAAGCAAAAAGACUCUGACCUGGGCUUCACUGAAACCAAUCUGGCGAUGUGUUCUUUGGAUCUUUUCCUGGCUGGAACUGAAACAACAUCCACGACUCUGUUGUGGGCGCUGGUUUUCCUUAUCAAACAUCCUGAGAUCCAAGAAAAAGUCCAGGCAGAGGUUGACUCAGUGAUCGGAUCCACCCGCCUGCCUUCCAUGGUUGACAGACCAAACUUACCCUACACUGAUGCUGUGAUCCAUGAAAUCCAGAGGUUUGGAAACAUAGUUCCUCUUAAUGGACUCAGGACGGCCUCCAUGGACACAACUCUGGGAGGUUACUUCAUACCAAAGGGUACAGCUGUACUGCCCGUCCUGACCUCUGUGCUGUUUGACAAAUCUGAAUGGGAGACUCCAGAUGCCUUCAAUCCUGGUCACUUCCUGGAUGCCAGUGGGAAGUUUGUGAAGCCUGAUGCCUUCUUGCCCUUUUCUGCUGGGAAACGUGUGUGUCUUGGAGAAGGCCUCGCCAAGAUGGAGCUCUUUCUGUUUUUGGUUGGCUUGCUGCAGAAGUUCUCCUUCUCUGCUCCUGAAGGAGUCGAGCUGAGUACAGAAGGAAUAACUGGAGUUACGCGUGUUCCUGCUCCCUUCAAAGUUUCUGCUAAACUUUUGCCUAGAUUCGGAGACUCCAUCAAAGAGGAUGUGUCUGAGAUGCUUGAUAACAUCCUCAAAUGUGCCAACUUUUGGUUGGCUAUUCAAGAUAACUUCAGACAAAACAGUUCGAACAGCUCAACACUGCUUGAGGUUCUGUCUGGAAUAGUAUACAAAAAGACCAGAGAAUCUUCACUCAGGGCCUCGUAUAAGGUAGGGCUGCUGUUGAGAACCAGCACCAAGAGAGCCAAACAGACAGCGUUCAUGCUGCUGCCUAGUGAUGGAGAGAGGGCGUUGAUCAAGAGGAGCCCAUGGGCCCCAGCUGAUCUCCAAUACCUCCAGGAUCACAGGAGUAGAUCAGAACAGCUACCUGUAGUGUCCGAAUACCAAAGAGCAGUGUGGGAAGAUCUUCCAAGGCCAACACUCCCCCCGGAUUCAAUGCCUGAAACAAGUGUCACACACUUCCUUAUCUAUCCAGGCUGUGGGUCAGCAGACUCAUUUCUAAGCAGGAGAGGAAGAUGGAGAGAAAUCCUGAUGCGUCUCUCUAACUCUGUCACAAUGUGGCUGUUCGACUUGAGUCUGUGGUUUAACCUGAGGGGAAUCCUGAUUUUUAUAGUUGUCGUUCUUCUCCUGGUGUGUUUGUUUAAUGAAAAGGAUCCACCUCGCUUUCCUCCAGGACCACCAGGUCUCCCUCUUUUGGGAAACAUCUUCAGCAUAGAGUCUAAAAAUCCUCACAUUUACCUCACUAAGCUUGCUGAUGUUUAUGGGAAUGUAUUCUGCAUCCGUCUGGGAAGACACAAAACCGUGUUUGUGUCUGGGUGGAAGAUGGUGAAGGAGGCUUUAGUGACACAGGCUGAAAACUUCGUGGAUCGGCCUUACAGCCCAAUGGUGACCAGGAUUUAUUCUGGGAACUCAGGUGAAUCCUUCAGAAUUAGCGUCAAGCAGCCAACCUGCCACCAGAACCCAAGUAAUCUAUUUCUAUCUUUGUCAGCGGGUCUAUUUUUCAGUAAUGGGAAGGUGUGGAGGAGGCAGCGACGCUUCGCCAUGGCCACGUUACGCUGCUUUGGCAUGGCCAAGGGCUCCAUGGAGGAGAACAUCUGGGAGGAGAGUCAAUAUUUACUGGAGGAAAUGGAGAAGAAAGAAGGUGAGGCCUUUGACGCUGUGCCACUCUUGAACAAGGCUGUGUCCAACAUCAUCUGUCAGACUGUGUUUGGGAAACGCUUUGACUACAGCGACCCCGACUUCCAGAGCAUGCUGAAGGAUCUGACAGACAUGGCCUACCUGGAAGGAUCCAUCUGGGCUCUGCUUUAUGAUGCAUUCCCAGCACUGAUGAAACACCUGCCCGGGCCUCACAAUGGCAUCUUCAGCAGCGCCAGGUCUCUAACGGCAUCUAUCAGAAAAGAGAUUCAGAGGCACAAGUUGGAUCUGGAUCCCAGCAACCCUCGUGAUUACAUCGACAAGUUCCUCAUCGAGGAAAGGCACAACAGGAAGACCGACACAGGCUUCAGUGAGGAGAACCUGGUUCUGUGCUGCUUGGACCUGUUCCUGGCUGGCAGCGAGACCACAGCAAAGACUCUGCAGUGGGGACUAAUUUUCCUCAUCAGAAACCCUCACAUCCAAGAGAAAGUUAAGGCGGAGAUCGACAGAGUGAUCGGACCGAGCCGCCGGCCCACCAUGGCAGACAAACCCAGCAUGCCCUUCACUAAUGCCGUCAUCCACGAGAUCCAGAGGAUGGGAAACAUUGUUCCUCUCAAUGGACUAAGGACGGCUGCCAGAGGCUUAAUGCUGGGAGGUUACUUCAUACCAAAGGGAACCACAGUGAUGCCUAACCUGACCUCUGUGCUGUUUGAUAAACAUGAAUGGGAAACUCCAGACACUUUUAACCCUGAACACUUCCUGGAUGAUGAGAGGAACUUCAGAAGGAGGGAAGCUUUUUUACCUUUCUCUGCAGGAAAGCGUGCGUGUCUCGGUGAGGGCCUGGCAAAGAUGGAACUGUUCUUGUUUUUUAUCGGUUUGUGUCAGAGGUUUCACUUUUCCACUCUGGACGGAGCCGAGCUGAGUACAGAAGGAAUAACUGGAGCCACGCGCUCGCCACACCCAUUUCAGAUCUUUGCCAAGUCCCGUUUAGAAGCGGCGACAGCAAAGUAGAUGCUGCAGAAAAGCUCAACAAUAGAUGAGUUGUUUCCCAACAAGUGGUAGCAAUUUGUAUAAGUCACUAUAAAGUGACCGUUGUAAUUUUCUCUGCUCCUCACACUCUAAACAUGUCAUUUAUAGGAAGGCCUGGUGGGUUGUCUUCUGAUGUUAGUGGUUCGUAAACGGCUACUUUUCAAAAUCCUGUAAAGAUUAGACAGUCUUUCGCUCUGAUGCUGAUGGUGAUGUAAUCGCUGUAAUGGCUCUGAAACAAGACAAGCAAAACUGAAUCAUUUAAAAAAAGAAUUUAUUAACAGAAAAGUCCCAAAUUUCUGACUUCCAGCAACUUUCUUUCAUAACGUACACACACAUAUCCAUGUGGCUCCUGUUCUACAUUUGAUUGUACUUUAUUAUGAGUGACUUUGCUUUCCUAUUAGUGCUAUAACAAUCACUAGCUGCAGAGAAAACAAAAAAUAUACAUAGAUUUAUAGUAACUAUGUGGCAGAAUCAGAACUAAAUACUUAAGUGUUACUGCAAACAUACAAGUGAAAAAACUAGACACCUGCAGUAUUCCUGCCUUUGCAGCAUCGUUUACACAAACUGCUUAUUUAACAGCCUACAAAUAAAAGCAAUUACCUGAAAACAUCAAAAACUCUCACGUCACACAUAAUCGUUGUUGUGCGAGUGCUUUACCUGGUUUAAACUCCGAUCAAAAGCUGGUGCUGAAUCAUACAUAUCUCUGAAUCACAGCUUUGGUUACUAAAUAAGAAUCUGGGCUGUAGUGAAUAAAAAGAUCCUGAUAUUUACAGAAGCACCAAUAAAACACUACAGGCCUUAGGUCCUAAGGUUUGCUGCUGCAGCACCUCAGAUGUUGAUUUUAAUUGAUUUCACUGCAUGUGAAGUAAUGGCCUUAUUGCAUUUUAGUAGAAAAUGUUUGGUGCCUGAUUAAAUAGUUGGUGUCCUGCAACAGAUGUUGUCUUAAAGUAAACUAUGUUCUACUGAAGUUCAUUCAGUCUGCAGGACGACUGCAUGAAGAUACAUGUCAUGCACACAUCUACUGUCUUUGUAUUAGGUUGAACUGAACUUCAUUAUAAUAACAGGCCCACAUUCAUCAUCUACAUAUAGAGAAACGAAAGCCCACAAACGGAUGAUUCUGCUCUAUAGGCUGGUGGAAAAGCUAUAAAUAGAUCAGGGAGGACGUUCACUGCUAAUCUACACCCGGGACGAUGUGUUGCUGUGGCUCAGGAGGUGAACUCGGGGUUAUGUUCUUCAGUAAAGUUCAGUCACUAGCUACUCUACCAUAACCUCAGAUAGGUAGCCAUUUAACCCAGCCAGCUGACCCUUGAACCCUCCUCCAAGGCUGAGCGUAGAGGUGUUUAAGGUCACUUGUUGAAGGAUUGUGUAUUUUCGUCUUGUUUGAGGAAUGUGAGAUGCACGGCGCUGGUGCGUCCUACUUGGCGGUAGCGGUGGGCACGCUGAUGGAAGCAGCCCUGCGAGGGGCGUUUGAGACUUGGCGCUGAUGAGACAGGAAGGACUGGGUGGGGGACAGUGCAGAAGGGGUGCGGCCGGCGAGACGGGAUUCAAUUGCCAACUUCUGGAAGUUUAGACUCUGAGGACAGAGAAAGGGUAUUUUCAGAGCGAGCAGAGCAUUGUUAAAUGCAGCAGCAGCAUUUAGCUCUUGUAAUGGACACAUUUAAUUAUUAUAUUCUAGUGUUCAAUACAAUCAAUCCUACUAAGAAGUUAGGUUUUAUGACAGCCAUAAAUCUUGUUCUGUUUAGCUAGAUUCCUGAGAUUUAUGCUUCAAAGGGCAAGAGAAGCAUCUUCAUUUACACCCCUGUCCCUUUGAAGCACAGUCUCCAACAUAUGGGUCCAGAUCUUUACCCCACCUUCCUCAACAACAGUCUAGAUAACACCACAGUGGCCCAUCUUUGUUUUCUCCCUCGGAGGGGGUUAAGGGGGGUGACAGCAAUGGUACACUAUGCUACCCACGGAAACUACCCAAUAAAAUUGAGAUAACAGAGUUUGCUUAGUUAAUUUAUACCCAUACAUGUUUGUAAAUAGUAUAUUCAGAGUUAGGAAAUGUCUAAAGAAACUGGGUAAAAAUCUGACUGAGUAAAUAUUACCCAAUUUUCUAAGCUAGAAAAUAAUAAUAUAGACACACACGUCAAAGCUGGGACCAAUCCUGAGCUAUACUGAUACAAUACUAUAAAUAAGAAUGUAUUCAACCAAAAGCAAUGCAAAAAAAAGCAUUUUUCUGUUUUACAACAGCUGAGCUGAACUUGCAUUCACUGUUGCUGAGGAUGAUUUUUACACAUGCUGAAAUAUUUCCCUCAACAUGCUCGCAUGAAUACUUGAAGUGGAAAGCUAAUAAAGCACAGAACUGUAAACGGAUCUGGUGGCCAACAUGUGCAAUUGUUCUAUUUGUUAAUUUAAUAAAUAGAUAAUACAGCAGUGCUGAACUAAAAUUUUUGGGUAAAUUCUAGUCCUUACUGUUUAAUUAAAUAAAAUAGGUAGAAUUGACCAAUUUUUCUUUAUUUCAGUCUUUAACUAAUAUGUUUAGUCACAUUUUAGAUUAACUAUGAGUGAUACUCCAAAAACUAAAUCUGUUUUUCAGUGUAAGGAGAGUGUGAACUCCCUGUUUUUCAGGACACUCCUGAGGCUGGCUGCUUUGGUAAGAGCCUUUGUGACUGUCUCCUCAUUUUUGAUAUUGUAAUAUUGAAAUUAAACAUUUUGAUUGAAUCAUGGA